AUGCGCGCGGGUAUAAUGUACGGCGGGCGGCUCUAGGGACGCGGGCGGGGCGGGCGGCGGCGCAAGCGCAGGGCGGGCGCCGCGGAGUCAGUCCGCGCGCGCCCUCGCCAUGGCUCGGUGGCUGAAGGCCCUAGCGGCGUUGUUGCUGCUCACCGCGGCCGCCGCGCGAAAAUCCGCCCCCGUCAAAACCGAACCCCAGAUCGAGGAGGUCACAGCGAAACAGUUGGAGCGCGUGCUGGAGGAUAAGGACUUCGUCGCGGUGUACUGGUAUGCGAGAAGUUGUGUCACUUGCGACAAGGUGUUGGAGGAGCUGGAGAAGAUCGACGACGACACAGAUACGUUUGGUGUUGAUUUCGUCAAGAUCAACGACAAACGGCUCGCGAAGCAGUAUGGCAUCACGAAGUUCCCCGCCCUCACGUACUUCCGUGAGAAGGAGCCGAUCAUUUACGAAGGAGAUCUCAUGGACGAAGAAAGUGUCCUGGAUUUCUUGACGAGUUUAGAAGCAAUGGAUCUUCCUGACCGAAUUGAAGAAGUUAACCAAAAGAUCUUGGGUAAAAUUAUUGAAGACACCAACUACGUAGCCGUCCUCUUCUGUCCUGAUCACAAAAGUUGCGGUCCCUCAAACAAUAAGCCUGAGUGCAAGAAAUGUGCAAAGGCACUACAAGAACUAGAGAACAUCGACGACGAGGCAGAUCAGCUUGGCAUUGGUUUCGUGAAGAUCCACGACGAGGAACUUGCCGAGGAGUACAGUCUUGGCGAGCUUCCAAGACUUGUGUACUACAGGCAUCAAAUACCUAUUAUCUAUGAAGGGGAGUUGAGCAGAGAGGAAGAUGUGUUGGAAUGGCUGAUCGCCAAUAAGUCGACCGGUGACGAAGAGGACGUCAUCGAGGACGUCACUGCGAAGACCCUCAACACGCUCAUUGGAAACAUCGACAAUCUCGUCGUACUUUUCUAUGAUCAUGGUGAUGAAGAAUCUAUGACUGUUCUGGCCGAGUUGGAGAAAAUAGACGAUGAUUGUGAUCGUCACGGCAUCCAGUUCGUUAAAAUAGAUGAUGACAAGGCUGCUGAAGCAUUUGGUAUCGAUAAUGUGCCUGCCAUCGUUUAUUUUGAAAAGCAGAUUCCUAAUGUGUAUGACGGUGACCUUGAAAAUGAAGAAGAAAUGUUGGAAUGGCUAGUAGAUCAACUAGAAAAAGACGAGAUAGAAGAUGUAACCGAUGAGAUGUUGGAUCGCUUAAUUAAGGACGGAAAGACAAUAGCUGUGUUGUUCUAUGAUAACAAUGACCGCAAGUCCCAAAGAGUGUUGAAUGAAUUAGAAAACAUCGAUGAUGAAUGUGAUCAACUUGGUAUUGCAUUUGUAAAAAUCGAUAACGAUGAAGAAGCUAAAGAGUAUGGUAUCGAGAAAUUGCCGACUUUGUUGUACUUCGAAAAGGGUAUUCCAACAUAUUACGAGGGUAAUCUUGAAGAGGAAGAAAAAGUACUGCAAUGGCUAAAAUAUCAAACAGAGAGCGACGAAAUAGAAGAUAUCACUGAUGAAAUGCUUGAUUUGAUCAUUGAUAAAAUGCAAUACGUCGCAGUACUGUUCUACGACAAAGAUCAGAAGAAGAGUCAGAAAGUUUUGGCUGAAUUGGAGAAUAUUGAUGAUGAAUGUGAUCAAAACGACAUCGCGUUUGUCAAAAUCGAUGAUGACAAAGAAGCCAAAGAAUAUGGCAUUGAAACAAUACCUACCAUGGUUUUCUUCGAAAAAGGUAUUCCUCACAUAUACGAGGGCGAUUUGAUGAAAGAAGAUGAUUUACUGGGAUGGCUUCUCCACCAAAAACGUCAUAGUGAAAUUCCUGAAGUGACCGAUGAAAUGAUGGACAAACUUAUUGAAAACACUCCAUAUCUUGCAGUUAUAUUCUAUGACAAGGACGACAAACAGGAUAUAAGAAUCCUUAACGAACUAGAAAACAUAGAUGAUGAAUUGGAAAAGGAAGGCAUUGUUAUAGUGAGAAUGGAUAACGACGCUGAAGCUAAAGAAUUUGGUAUAGAUCACUUGCCUACGUUAGUAUAUUUUGAGGAAAACAUUCCAGCUAUAUAUGAAGGCGAUUUAAUGAACGAAGACGAAGUACUCGAAUGGCUCAUUGAACAAAAGAAUAGUGCAACCAUCGAGGAAGUUACCGAUGAAAUUUUAAGUGAUCUUAUCGAAGAGCACGAAUACGUUGUUGUAUAUUUUAGUGGUAACUGCGAAGAAGGUGAAGAGUGUGACAAUAUUUUAGAUGAACUGGAAAACAUCGACGAUGAGCUUGAUGAGACUGGAAUUAUCUUCGUUACAACUGAAGAUGUAAAUCUAGCCAAGAAAUAUGGAAUCAAAACCUUCCCUACAUUAGUGUUUUUCAGAAACAAGGAUCCCCUGAUAUACAAAGGUGAUAUUGAAGACGAGGAUGAAGUUUUGUCCUGGUUAACUGAUGAGGAUACAUUGGAAAUUCCUGGCAAAAUCGAAGAAGUUAACUCAAAGAUGUUGGAAAAGAUUUUAGAAGAGAACGAUCAUGUAGUCGUAUUUUUCUAUAAAGAAGGAGAUAAAAAAUCACAAAAAAUAUUGAGUGAAUUAGAAAACAUUGAUGAUGAGUGUGAAGAAAAGGACAUAGAUUUUGUGAAGACAUCUGAUGAAGGCAUCGACAAAGAAUAUGAUCUAUCGGAAUUGCCUGCUCUUGCCUUUUACCGGCACAAAUUCAGGACAAUCUAUGAAGGAGAUCUAAUGCACGAGGAAGCCAUUCUGAAAUGGGUUUUAGAACUUCAUGACUCCCAACCAGAUGUCAUAGAAAGUGUUGAUAGAAAAACAUUGAAAGACUUAAUUGAUGACGUUGAGCAUCUGGCAGUAUUUUUCUAUAGUGAAGACUGUGACACCUGCGAUGAUAUCCUUGAGGAGUUAGAAACAAUAGAUGAUGAUACUGACAAACAUGGCAUUCAAUUUGUUAAAUCGAAGGAUUCUAAAUUGGCGUCUGAUAUUGGCAUAUUUAGUUUCCCUGCUUUGGUAUAUUAUGAAACGGGUGUGCCUAUAAUGUACGAUGGUGAUUUAAAGAAUGAAAAAAAGGUUCUCCAGUGGCUUGUAGAUCAGAAAAGCGAUCGCUGUUUCUACAUUGGAUUGGGGGCGAAACCGGCUGUCCCAAAAAUGACAUAUGAACCCUACCAGUGCUGUCCCACUAAAGUCCAAAGUCCAACCAAAGUGGCAAAAGCCACACCGACGAAGGUUCCGCCAAAGAAAUUAGGCAAGGAGAAAGUCAAACCGCAACCGGAAAAACCGACCAAGGGCAAAAACAAGGCGCUCGCUAAGGCUGACAAGCAAGGCAAAGGGAAAAAAGGUAAUCUGUUGGACGAAAACGAAGUUUUAGAUUGGAUGAUCAAACAGAAAGAGGAUGAGAGUAUAGAAGAAAUCGACAGAGACGAAUUGUUUAAGUAUAUUGAAACUAAGGAAUUUUUGGCUGUUGUUUUCUACAAAGAAGAAGAUCCGGACACUCCAAAAGUUCUAAGACACAUAGAAUUGAUAGACGAUGAAGCUGCUGAGUAUGGUAUUAAGAUAGUUAAGUGCAGUGAUCGUUUAAUGGCUAAAAAAUAUGGCUUCCGUAACCCUCCUGGUAUAACAUACUUCAGAAAAGGCAAAUAUAUUAACUAUGAUGGAGAUAUAGAUGACGAAGAAGAAAUACUCGACUGGUUGACGAACCCUGAAAAUAUGGAGUUGACGGAUCAUAUCGAGAAAGUUAACAGAAAGAUGUUUCAAAAAAUAAGACAGACAUCAGAUUAUGUGGCAGUAUUCUUUUACAGUAAUGACUGCAAACAAUGUCCCAGAGUGCUAGCUGAGAUCGAGCAUAUUGAUGAUGAUGCCGAUGGAGCUGGAAUCAAUUUCGUGAAGAUCGAUGAUAGACAAAUGGCGAAAGAGUUUGGAGUAUUUGCUCUACCUGCUGUCUUAUUUUUCAAGUUAGGAUCCAAAGAUCCUGUAAUUUAUGCUGGUGACCUAUAUGAUGAACAGCAGCUUUUAAGUUGGCUGUUAACUCAAAAAAAUCCAGCAGGGGAUGUGAUCGAAGCGUUAGAAGGACAAGAUCUUUUAGAUUUGAUUGAAGAAUCUGGGUCACUAGCAGUAUAUUUCUACAGCAUCGAUUGCGAACAAUGUGUCGGAAUAUUAGAAGAACUUGAAAACAUAGAUGACGACUGUGACAGACACGGUAUCAAGUUUGUCAAAACUCAGGACUAUUCAAUAGCUGAAUCUUAUGGAGUGACAGAUUUUCCAGUACUAGUGUAUUUUGAGAAUAAUAUACCAAACGUUUAUGAAGGAUCUUUAUCGGAAGAAGAAGAAGUUCUUCAAUGGCUUAUAACACAAAAAACUGAGGAUCGGAUUGAACUUAUAACAAGAGUGAUGUUGGAAAAAAUGGUAGAAGAAACUCAAUAUUUAGCUGUUUAUUUUUAUAAGUUAAACUGCCAUAUAUGUGAUCAUAUUCUUGAAGGACUAGAGAGCAUCGAUGAUGAAUGUGAUGUUUAUGGCAUACACAUGGUGAAAAUUCAAGAUCCACAAUUGGCUAAAAGAUAUUCUAUUAAAACAUUUCCAGCAAUGGUCUAUUUUAGAAACGGAAACCCACUUCUUUUUGAAGGUGAUUUACAAAAUGAAGAAUCUAUUUUAGAAUGGCUUAUUGAUGAUGACAAUCGGGAAUUAGCUGAUGAAAUUGAAUCAGUCAACGAAAGAAUGUUGGAAAGACUACUUCAGGAAUCACAUUUACUAGUGGUAUUUUUCUACGACGAUGAAGAUUGUCCUGAAUGUGAAGAAAUACUAGAGUCUUUAGAACAAAUUGACGGAGAAGUAGAUCAGUAUGGCAUAGAUUUUGUCAAAAUUGCCAGUGCAGAAGCAGCUGCAAAAUAUAACGUGGUUAAUAUGCCUACACUGAUGUAUUUCCGUAAACAAGUGCCAAUGCUUUACGACGGUGAUUUACACCAGGUAGACAGAAUACUACAAUGGUUAACAUCUCAAGACGUUUUUGAAAUUAAAAACGAAAUUGAGGAAGUAAACCGAAAAAUGUUAGAUAAACUUUUGGAUGAAAACGAAUUCUUAGCUGUUUAUUUCUAUGAAAAAUCACCUGAAAGUCGAAUUGUUUUGGAUAAAUUAGAAAACAUUGAUAGUGAAACCGAUAACUUGGAUAUCACAUUUGUAAAAAUGGAAGACCCACGUUACGCACGCAAAUGGGGAGUGACUAAACUUCCUGCUAUUGUGUAUUUCAGGAAGAGAUUUCCAAGUAUAUACAGGGGCGACCUCAUGUCCGAAGAUGAAGUAUUGGAAUGGCUUCGAAAGAAUCGAUUCCGACAGCCAGAACUGAAUAUCUUUAUGUACGCAUUGAUAGCUUUAUCAAUAGCGUUCGUUAUGUACACAGCAUUCUUGCUUCAGUGUUUCAAACCAGCUCCGCCGGCACCAGCGCCACAUCCUAAACAAGCGUGAAAUAAUCUGCUUUAUAGACUUUAAAACCAAUACUUGUUUUUAAGUUUAAUAAUUUCAUUAGAACAUGAUACGGUGACAUUUUGGGUCAUCAAUCGUAUCUUUGAUUUUAUUCAUUACGAUUUAAAAGACCAAUGUUAAUAUAAAAAUGGCAUAAAUAUUAUGUUAUUCAGAUCAGGAUAUAAUUUAGAUAAUUACAUUUUCUUGGGAUCAAACUAAUACUUUCAUAGAGAUUGUUAGAAAUAUGAAUGCCUAAGAUUAGUAAUGAUUAUGCUUAAGUGAGAAGCAUACCUAUUUGAUGAUAAAUAUUGACCUGGAACCAGGACAGAUUUUCAAGAUCUAAAGUCAAAAUCCGUGAUUUAUUUUAGAAUAUAUCUAUCGUUUUAGAUUUUUCUGUGAACGGCAUUUUAAAUUAAUACUGUUAACUCCAAUUAAGACUGUACUAUCUACUUGAUAGCGUUAUCUGUAUGAUUAUUUGUUGUAAGAUAUACCGCUUCCUCGUGCGUACAUUGUCCUUAAUCACGAAUUUUUUACUUAAGCUGUAACAGAAUGUGUCGUUUUACUUAUUUUGUUUAUUUUUUUUUUGUUUUUGUUGAACCUCUUUGCAGUCUCUGGAGCUUUUGAAUUGCGUUAUUUAUAAAAAUCUGUGCCGACUUGCCAUUUGACCAUAAAAUAAUGUUUUCCAGAAUUUUCGCCUUAUAUGUAUAUACACAGCCGUUAAUAACUUUCUUAAUUCGAUAAGUAAUAUAAGUAGCUUCUAUAAUUUCCUCGAAUUAAUCUUGAUGGUUGUCGUCUUGAAACUAUUAUUGUUCAAAAGCUUCUGUUGUUAUGAGAUUGUCCACUGGGCGGGAUAUAGAUUGGCGCAAACAGGAUGUUUGUUGCUUAUAGCAUUAUAGUACAAGCAAAUAUUACUUGCUGAAAAUUGUAUAUCAAUGUAUGGAGCACACAAAGAAAACAAGAUAACUUACUACAAUUUGAAUCUAGAAGGUUCAAGGUAAGAUAAUUACGUGUUAUGUUGAAAAUAUUAUGUUGAUGCUGAUAACACAUAUGAAGGUACGUUUGGGUAACUACUUACUCAUAAUGAACUUACGUCGAAAGCGCAUCGCGCCCGUCACAUUAAUAUAUCAUUCCCGCUCUUUUUGUAUGUAUAUUAUUGUGUUUAAUUAUAAUGAUACCUUCGUUAAUGAAACGAUAAGGAAACAUGAAGUAAAUUAUAAAGAAAUGCUCAAUGGAGGCGCCUGUGUGUGCGUUGUGACGCAAUUAUCGUUAAAUGUUGUACAUAAAAUGUAAAUACAUAAAAUAAAUAAAAAUAGUAAAACUGU